ACCAAGGAACUCAAAUCCGUGAAGCCAUGCAGCCCUCGAUCAUCUUGUUAUUGGCUCUUGUCGGCAUCGCUGCCGUUCAGGCUACACCCUAUUGGGGCGGUUUCUAUGGUAACGGAUACGGACUAGGCCAUGGACGUCUAUUCGGAGGUAUCGAUGGUCUCUACGGAGGGUAUAGCGGUCUCUAUGAUGAUGACUAUGGCUACGGCGGCCUUGGGUACGGUGGUCUUGGUUACGGAUAUGGCAGUCUUGGUUACGGGGGUUACGGAUACGGUGGUCUUGGAUAUGGCAGACAUGGAUUCGGAGGAUUUGGGUACAGGAGGUUCUACCCCAAAUAUGGAUUCGGAAAGAAGAGUUAUUACUGAAACUAAUUAUCAGCGCUACAGUCCAAAGAACAAUGCCGUUCAUCUUGUAAUCAGUUUGUGUGUGACAUGUAAACAUUUUGAGUUGAAUUAAUAAACAUGCAAAA